GGUGGGCAGGGAGCUGCUAAGGAGGAUAUGAGGAGCAAUCGUGGAAGAGUACUCAGUCCGACCUUGUCUGGCUCACGGUCCCGCGCCUUGUUGUGCGUAAACGCCGCUAAAAUAGUUGGCGGCGUUCAAAGCCCCUUCAGGCGCGUACAACUUUGGACUUGAUUCAUGUUUUUAUUUGCAACACAUCCACGUCUGGGUGAUGUGCACAGGAAUAGAUCAACACUACUCCAAACCUCUUCCGCAUAUUGGAUUACUGUGCAAAGAGAAGGUCGCCAAUGUCCCUCCAAGGAUUCUGGAAAUGAGGACUGCUGCUGACACGGAUUCGGUAUUUUUCGACUUUUGAAACGUUUGUCUGCGCAGUUUUAAUCAAGGGCUUUUCUUCAACUCACGAAGCAUUUUCUCCCUGCGCGGGACUGCUCGUUGAAUUGCUUAUAUUUGAAUAUAAUCGAGUUUUGGAUGAACCCUGUGCUGUGCGUUUUGCAGUGCGCACAUUCGAUCAUAAUGCAUGUUAUUUAGGACAGAAUCUGUCUAUAUAAAGUGCCAAAUUCAGCCGAAAUGGCCAACGAGUGUAAUCGCAACAUUGUGGAAAAGUACAUCUGCCAUAAACUCUCCAAACAGGGCUACGUGUGGGGAUUUGACGAUGUCCGGGAUGAAGAUGCUGCUAAUAAUGGGUCAAUAGCUGCCCCUCCACCGACUUUGGUCCGCCGGUGCCGUGAAGACAGUACCGGGCCUGACAGCGAGAGCAUCGCCCACCUCUGCAAACGGCUCCCCCAGUCCGACCCGCACGCCGCCAUCCACAGAGUCCUGCGCGAGGCUGGAGAUGAACUUGAAAGACUAUACCAGCCGGACUUCACGGAGAUGUCGCGGCAGCUGUAUCUCACCUCCACCACGGCGCAGAGAAGGUUUGCUGAGGUGAUAGACGAACUGUUCCGGGACGGAGUGAACUGGGGCCGGAUUAUCGCUUUCUUCGAGUUCGGGGGCACGGUGUGCGUGGAGUGCGUGGCGAAGGAGGGGAUGACCCCACAGGUGGACAACAUCGCGGAGUGGAUGACAGAGUACUUAAACGGACCUCUGAACAGCUGGAUACAAGAUAACGGGGGAUGGGAUGCCUUUGUGGAGCUGUAUGACAGACAGAGGGACUCCAUCUUCAGUUGCUCCUGGCCCUCCAUUAAGACGGUUUUCGGUCUGGCUGCACUCGGGGCAGCUAGCCUCACCAUCGGAGCAUACCUAACACAGAAGUGAACAAGCCCUCUUUCUACCAGCGUGACUUUCUUUCUCAUCCUCCUCCUCCUCUUCCUCGUGCCUCUCCUUUUUCCUUUUAAAGGCGCCCCUGACCCCUCAGAGACAACCUGCAGACUCUUCCGAAUCUGGCUCUCUUCAAAGCCCUCUCUCAGAAAACUCCCUCUUCUUCACCCCUCCACGUCAAAACAGACACACAUCAAAACAACUAAAGCAACCCCGAUGCACAGCCCAUACGGAGCAAAGGACGUCUUGAAAAGAGGCAGCUUAGAUGUAAUCACACUAAGCUGAGUGCAGCUGAGGAGAAAAGAGGAUUUUAUUUUGUUCUGCCUGCUUCUGUACUAGUUAUAGCAUGAAUGUUGAGUGUUAGUGUAGACGUUGCAUGUGUCAGAGCUCAUGCGGGACCUCUAUUUGGAGGCCUUGAUGAUAGGGGUGCAGGGACAAUGAUGCCCCACACUGGAGAGGCCGCAGCCCCGCCCCUGCUUGUUAGGGUGAACAACCCCGUUUGAACUGUGGACUCCAGUUACCCCCCUGAAGCCGUCCUUCAAAGGACUUCCUCCACAGAACAGCUGCUCAGAAUGUAUAAUGGAAACAGCUUGCUACAACCAGCGAGUUGUGUGUCUACUGCUUUCACUCCUCAGACAGCUCCAGUGAACUCUGAACACAGUGCACCAUUAUACCCUCCCUGGCCUUUAGUAUGUAGAGGAAGGGCCAGUGGAAGACUGAGUUGUGCCGAUCUUUCUUUUGCAGAGAUUUUUGAAAGCGAUUUAAUUUUUGCAGCACGCCAAACCCCAAAUUGUGAAAUUUUACCGCAGAAAAAGAGGAGAAUGGAAUUCUUUUUUUCAAGGAGUGAAAGACAUGCCAG